UGUCAUUCACAGUUUAGUGCAUCGCUGUUUCGUACGUUUUUAAAUAUAAAUUAGUGUUUUCUUUGAGAUAAGGAUUGUUUUUAAGAGUUUAUCAUGCCGAAAAGGAAGAAAGAUAGAAGUGACGAUUGUGAUUUCGAUUAUUUAGCGAAAAAGUUAAGAAACAUAGAACGUAAAAUAUCAAGAAAGCGAGGACGCCGUACAUUGUCGUCGGAUAGCGAUAACAUGUCGCUGCAAGACCCGAACAGUAGCGAACCGAUCGCCGCCAUUGAGGUUGAUGUCACAGAACCUCAAGAAUGCUGCUCUUAUUGGAACGAACCCUUGGAACAGAGCAAUGGGAAUACCCACCAUUCUGACGUUACUGAUACGGUUGCAACAGCGGCUGCUCCUGUAGCCAGCGCAUCACCGCAGCUCCAGCGCCCAAAUGACCCAGUUACUGCUAAUGAAUUGAUAGUUGCUCUGCCGGAUGCACAAACAGAGCCUACAUUAAACCCAGAACUACUGAGUAUUUUAGGAGAGGAUCCAACCACCGUCAAAGAAUAUGGUGAUAAUAUACAAAAAGACUUAGCUGUUAGGUUAAGUCACAUAAGUAGUUACUACUGGGUUAAGCAAAGAAAACCGAAAAGAGCUAAGAGAUAGAUAUUUAGCUCCGGCUAAUUGCAAAUUAAUAAAAGCGCCGGCACUGAACGCCGAAAUUCGUGCAUCCCUGGCAGAUAGUCAAGCAAAACGUGAUAAAGGGAUAGAAAAUAAGCAAGUAUCAACCGCCUCUGCGCUGUCAUCACUCUGCGCAGCUAUUACCUUACUCUUGUCCUCCACUGAGGCAAAGCAAGAGCUGCUCAAACUAUUAAUGGAUACGGCUCGAAUCCUAGGAGAUAUUCAACACAGUGACUCAGUGCUUAGGAGAUUUUUUAUUCUCAGUACUGUUAAAAAAGAAUUAAAAGAGCAUCUGGAGAAGACCAAAAUUGAUGAGUUGCUGUUAGGUAAUAAUUUAUCUGAAGGCUUUAAGGUCGGCUAAAAUUAUCAACAAGUCUGGCGCAGAUAUAAGAUUAUCAGCAAGGCCAGGAGCACAAAAGCCCGCAACUCCC